AUGUCAUGUUCAAAAAUAUUUUCAGGAAAUUUACCUGAAUUAACAGAGAAUAUUAUAAAUUUUAUAAAAUAUUUGAAUUUGUUGAAGAUUGUUACUUCUGUUGAAAAUUGGUUUUAUACUGCUAGCGGAUUUAAUAAUUUAUAUUAUAUUAAAAAAUUAAUUAUAUCAUUAUUAAAAAUAUUUGUUGAAAAUGAAGUAAAUUUACAUACCCUUGAAAUUGAGAUAAAUUUUUGUAUCAGAUGUUUCGAUGGCAUUCUUGAGUUAAUUUUACAAAAUCCAAAUUUCAUUCGCAAUAUUAAAAAUCUAAAACUUUUUAUUUUAAGAACUAAUAAUGACAAUAAUAUGCUAAUUAUCAAUCGUGUAUUACAAGUAAUCAAUUUACAUCAAAAUCUUAAAAAUAUUUUAUUAAGUUUACAUAGUAAUAAGGAAUUUCUUUUUUAUCAAUCAUUAUUAUCAUCAAAAGAUUCUAAUUGUUCAAAUACCUUAAAUACAAUUACAUUUUAUCGUGUCGAUUUUAAAGGUAUAAUCAAUUUAGAUAAGACAAUUGAACAAUUAAAUGUUUUAGAAUCUGUUCAUAUCAUUUAUUGUCGUUUUUUAAAUAUUAGUUUUAUUCAACAAAUUCUUAAUUUAAUCAAACCAUUUAAAUUAAAAUCCUUAUUCAUAAAUGCAACAUCAGAAAUUGAUGAAUCAUUAUUAUUAUUAUUACAAAAAUCUGGUGGUUAUUUAAAGAAUUUCAGUGUCAAUCGUUUAGGGUAUUUCUGGAGCGAACUUAAACAACAAAUACUUGAAUCAGUUAUAAAAUAUUGUAAAAGUAUCAAAUUUCUUGAUAUUGAUGGAAUCAAAAAUGAGAUUAUUUAUCCAGUAGUACUCAAUUUGAUUGAAAAUAUAAAACAAAAUCUUAAUUGUCUUUUUAUUAGUAGUGAAAGAUUUAAAUUAAAUGGAUUACAAAAUUUAGGACAAAUCCUUCCUUCUAAAUUAGAAUAUUUAGAUUUGACUCUCUGCAUUGAAGCAAGUGAUUUUGAAGUAUUCCUAAAAAAUUCCAAAGGUACUUUUAUUAAGAAAUUGUUAAUUAGAGAUUUGAAUCAGAAAAAUAAUAAUGAUAUUAUUUUACCUUAUAUAAAAAAAUAUAUAAUGAAGGAGAAAAGAGUCAGGUAUUUGAAUUUUAGGAAUCUUUAUAAUGAAUUGUUUGAUUUUAGUGAUGAAGUGAAGGAAUUUAAGUUAUAUAAUAUUAAAGUUCAAAAAUACAAUGAUUUACACUUCGACAUUUAUCAAUUUAUGCAAAAACUUGAUUAA